GCGGGAUUGCAACAUGGCAUCCAAACAAGUUGUUUUUCGAUAUUUACGCAGUAUUUCUGGAAGAACUGCUAACUUUAGAGUGCCUGAUGGUACCAGGGGUAUUGGCAUCCCAGCUGUACGGCCAUCAUGUUCCACACAUGCACUGAGAAAAUAUGGAGGAUCACUGGGAACACACAAAUUACCAACAUUUGGAUGUCAACAAGUGCGAACAAUGUUCAUACAGACCCAGGACACACCAAACCCUAACAGUAUCAAGUACAUCCCUGGAACGUCUGUGUUGGAACAAGGCACCAUAGACUUUCCUAAUUACCAAGCAGCUCACUGUUCACCACUGGCCAGACAACUGUUCAGAAUUGAGGGUGUAAAAGGAGUAUUCUUUGGUACAGACUUUAUAACAGUCACAAAGGUGGAUGAUGAUGUCGAGUGGAAGAUCCUCAAUCCUCAGAUUUUCGCCACCAUCAUGGAUUUCUUUGCCAGUGGACUACCAGUUCUUACUGAUGAGCAACCUUCUUCUGACACAGCCAUCGAUGAAGAUGAUGACGAAACCGUGCUGAUGAUUAAGGAGCUCCUAGACACAAGGAUACGGCCCACAGUACAAGAGGAUGGUGGUGACAUUGUAUACAUGGGUUUUGAAGAUGGUAUUGUGAAACUAAAGCUCCAAGGAUCCUGCACAAGUUGUCCAAGUUCAGUGGUGACGUUAAAGAGUGGCGUACAGAACAUGUUACAGUUCUAUAUACCCGAGGUACUCGGUGUAGACCAGGUGGAAGAUGAAGUUGAUGAUAUUAACAAUACAGAGUUUGAAAAACUAGAAGACAAACUAGGAGAAAAGUCAUGAAAUACAUAGAACUAUUCACAUACAACGUUGGUUUCCAUAGAACAUUAAACAGCUUUGAGUUGAUCUUAAGUGUUCUAUAAUGUGGACCCGUGGAUUGCUACACUCUGAUAAAUAUCCAGUAUUAAACAGACAUUGAUUGGGCCUUUCUGAGAUGGACUCCUGAUAUGUACAUGUUUAUACUAUCAAUAGUCCAUGUUAGGGGUUUUAUUUGUGAUAUUAAAUAGUCAUUCUGUUG